GCUGUGUUAACAACAGCUGUUCGACCCAGUUGAUAAGGCAAUAAGGUGGCAGUUCAGUUCGGUUACUACUCGAGUGUAGUCAUAUUUCCCACACUUCAAUCUGUUUUGAUUUACGAAACAUUCCAGUCGGCGUCUGUGUGUCUGGACAGCUAACAUCGUCGUGUGAGUAAACAGCUGAUUAUGGUAACGUAUUGAACAGCUGAUGUGCCGGAAGUGUUUAUUGGAUGAAAACUGAUUAUUGUGACAGUCAUUAUCUCUCCGACCAUGAUCAGUCUGUUGUGUCUACUUCUACUUGGAAGUCUGCCUGGCUCGCUGUCACUGAGUUUUGUGAAAUAUCAACAAAGAAGCUUUGAAAUUGAUUAUGAACAUGAUGUUUUUCUCAAAGAUGGCAAACCUUUCCGGUACAUUUCCGGUUCUCUACAUUACUUCCGGGUACCAUCCAUGUAUUGGCGGGAUAGAAUUCAAAAAUACCGCGCUGCCGGACUCAAUGCUGUGUGUACGUACAUUGAAUGGAAAAGCCACGAGCCGGUUAAAGGGAAAUACGAUUUCUCUGGACAAAAUGACUUUGAGCAUUUCAUAAAAAUAGCUGAGGAGGAAAACAUGCUCGUUAUCUUACGACCUGGACCGUAUAUAUGUGCAGAGAGGGACUUCGGUGGAUAUCCUCCAUGGCUACUACACGAAAAUCCUGAGAUGGGAUUAAGGACAAAUGAGUCGAGUCACACACAUUAUGUUUAUACUUGGCUAUCACAGUUAAUGCCAAGGAUACAGCCUUUGUUGUAUGGAAAUGGAGGACCUGUUAUCAUGGUGCAGGUAGAGAACGAGUACGGUAGCUACUGGGCCUGUGACCACUCGUAUACAGCUUGGCUGAGAGAUGUGUUCAGAAGCUACAUAGGAGACAAGGCAGUACUGUUCACCACGGACGGGAAUGACAGCGGUUACCUAAAAUGCGGACCUAUUCGAGGGGUUUUCAUUACAGUGGACUUCGGGACAGUAGGAAAUGUCACCAAAGCCUUUGAAGAUCUUCGGAAGAUUCAGCCACAUGGACCCCUUGUCAACUCAGAAUUCUACCCCGGCUGGUUGACCCACUGGGGCGACAUGGAGGCUGGGGGAAGUAUAGAAUCUGUAGUCAACACUACCAGACAGCUGCUCUACUCCAACGCUUCAUUCAACUUUUACAUGUUCCACGGUGGCACAAACUUUGGAUUCACCUCAGGUGCAAAUAACCCACCUUACUCGCCGCAGAUUACGUCUUAUGAUUAUGACGCUCCAAUUUCCGAGUCUGGGAACUUAACGGAGAAAUACUACGCCAUAAAAGCAGUGCUUGCAGAGUUCACUCAAACUUUGGACCUACAUGUUGAUGACAAUCCUCCAUUUAAUUAUGGAGUUGUCAAACUGGAUCCUAAAACGUCACUCUUCAACUCCGCUGCUGGUAUCCCGUUUGGAUAUUUCGACAAACCACAAACCUUGGAGUCACUUGAGCUCUACAGUGGGUUUAUGUUGUAUGAAGCUUCGUUACCUCCAACGAAACUCAGACUCCUACAAAUUGGAAGGAUACAUGACAGAACGUAUGUUUAUGUAGACAAGGUUUUAAAGGGAGUUCUAAGAAGAACGGAAGGCAUUUCUUCUAUGUACAUUUCAAAUACUGGCACUCUGUUGUCCUUACUGGUAGAAAACCAAGGCCACAUAAACUAUAGCAAUAUGACUGACCUUAAGGGUAUUCUCGGUAACGUCACCCUGAACGGAUCACCUCUUGGACCCUGGAGACACACCGGGUAUCCGAUGACCAACGUGUCGUCCAUCCCAGGUCUACCAACCUCUACUAAUGUGCAGCUCCCAGCGUUCUAUAGCGGGACAUUCCAACUGCCCAACUCUGGUCAGCCUCCCAGCGACACCUUCGUGGACAUGACUGGCUGGGGGAAGGGCGUGCUGUACGUGAAUGACAUCAACCUAGGACGCUACUGGCCUUCCUUAGGUCCCCAGAUUACUCUGUACCUUCCUGCACCUUACCUACGUCAGGACAACGUGUUCGUCAUACUGGAACUGGAGAAAGAACACCCAAACAGAACCAUCAGCCUAGUGGAUAAACCGGUACUUAACAAAACACAGUCAGUAACAGACUCUGAUACAAUGAAAAUAUCAGUGGUGUAUGUUUAGGAAAACAUGAAGAACGUUAGUUUUUUGUAAACAAGUUAUUUGAAAAAAAUAUAACUUUUUAUAUAUUUUAUGAGUCCAAUCUAUAGUUGUAUAACUUCAAUCCAAAUUGAAUAAUCCAAUGCACAUAUGUUGAACAUGAAUCAGUACCUAAGUAUAUAAAACUUAUUUGAAACAAUAUUUUUGUUGUCAAUAUGCUUGUCUCUUAUCUUAUCUGUCUCACAAAAAAACCUCUACGAGAAAAUCUGCACUUUAUUAAAUGAAUUGCAAACCAAUUUCCGUUAAUUUGUAAAGGUGUCAUUAGAUAAAGAAAGUACCCUCUUUUGAUCCCCAACUGUGAGGAAGCGCUCUGUAAGCCAAAAGGUUAAUUAUAGCAGACCAAAUUACCUCUCUGCGUGCUCUCUUUGUCAUCCUCAUUUUUGUCUUUUCACUUUAACUAGUAACUCUCUUAUUACGUAAAAGCUAAUAGUUAAUAUAAUUCGACGUCAACGUAGAAAAAUCACGUUAAUUAUAUUCAUUUUUAUAACAAGUCCUAACCAAGAGAGGUAUUGCUUAGUAAGUAAAGAUAUGUAUUAUGUGAAAU